UUGAACCAUGCAGAUUGAGAUUGCAAUGAAUAUUUAUUCAUAUAUAUUUAAUCAAGUAACACAAAUUGUGAACACGUAUAAAAUGUUUUAUAGGUAUAUCUGACGCUAUUUUUGCCUAGUAUUAACAUGGCAUUAAUAGGAAAACUGAUAGAAAAACGAUAAGCACGCGUGAAGAAGAAAAUAAUGUGGGCUGUUCUCUUGUUUAACCUUAUGCAUGCACAAGUUUCGCGCCAAAACUGAGCAUGGGAGAACGGAAGUUGUGAAUGUUAUACUUAUAAACAUUGCUAACCGAUUAUUUAUUACUGCGUUUAGUAAAAUGGAUGUAGCAGAUCAUACGACUGGAAAUGCAAGGGUGAAAGACGAUGUUGGAGACCGUUGUCAAAAACUAUUUCAAGACUUUUUAGAAGAGUUUAAAGAUAGAAGUACUGGGGAGCUGAAGUAUUUGAAUAAUGCAAAAGAGCUGGGCAGACCAGAACGAAAUACGCUGACUGUAAAUUUUGAAGACCUGGAAGCGUACAACCAAAAUCUUGCAACCACAAUUCAUGAAGAAUAUUACAGAGUCUAUCCAUUCGUAUGUCGAGCUGUGCGAAACUUUGCGCACGAUCAUGGGAACGUACCUCCGAACAAAGAAUUCUACAUUUCGUUUGAAGCGGUUGCAACGAGGCAUAAGGUCCGAGAGUUGACAACCACUAAGAUCGGUUCGCUGCUGCGAAUCAGCGGUCAGGUUGUACGCACUCACCCUGUACAUCCGGAGCUGGUCAGCGGCACGUUCAUAUGUCUUGACUGCCACACCGUGAUCAAGGAAGUGGAGCAGCAAUUCAAAUACACACAGCCAUCCGUCUGCCGGAACCCAGCGUGUCAGAACAGAAAUCGCUUCAUGCUCGACGUCAACAAGUCGCGAUUCGUCGACUUCCAGAAGGUUCGCAUCCAGGAGACGCAGGCCGAGAUUCCCCGCGGCUCUAUCCCCAGAAGUCUGGAGAUUGUGCUGAGAGCAGAAGCCGUGGAAAUGGCGCAAGCUGGAGACAAGUGCGACUUCACCGGCACUCUGAUCGUCGUUCCCGACGUCGCCGCACUGUCUCUGCCAGGUGCGAGAGCGGAGACCGGAACCAAGAUACGCGGGAACGAGGGAUUCCAAAACGAGGGCGUGCAAGGUCUCAAGGCGCUGGGCGUACGUGACCUCAAUUACCGUCUCGCCUUCCUUGGCUGCCACGUGGCCCCGACCAACCCACGCUUUGGCGGCAAGGACAUGAGAGGAGACGACGUGACGGCGGAGGCAAUCAAGAAGCAGAUGACGGACCUGGAGUGGCAGAAGGUGUACGAGAUGAGUCGCGACAAGAAGCUCUACCAGAAUCUCAUCAACUCUCUCUUCCCCACCAUCCACGGAAACGAUGAGGUGAAGAGAGGUGUCAUGCUCAUGUUGUUCGGGGGAGUUCCUAAGAAAACAAUGGAGGGAACGGCACUACGUGGCGACAUCAACGUCUGCAUUGUUGGCGAUCCUAGCACUGCUAAGAGUCAGCUGUUGAAACAGGUGGAGGAGUUCAGCCCACGAGCCGUCUACACGAGCGGCAAGGCAAGCACGGCCGCCGGCCUCACCGCUGCCGUCGUCCGCGACGAGGAAUCGCACGAGUUUGUAAUAGAAGCUGGGGCCCUCAUGCUUGCUGAUAACGGAGUCUGUUGCAUUGAUGAAUUUGAUAAGAUGGACAUCAAAGAUCAGGUCGCUAUUCACGAGGCCAUGGAACAACAAACGAUCUCAAUCACCAAGGCCGGAGUUAAGGCCACACUGAAUGCGCGUACGUCGAUACUGGCAGCAGCUAAUCCCAUCGGAGGGCGCUACGAUCGCUCAAAGUCGCUCAUGCAGAACAUCGAACUAUCGCCACCCAUCAUGUCGCGAUUCGAUCUGUUCUUCAUUCUUGUUGACGAAUGCAACGAGGUGGUGGACUAUGCUAUUGCGAGACGCAUCAUUGACCUUCACAGCAUGAUGGAGGAGGACAUAGUGGAGCGUGUUUAUUCCGUCGACGACAUUCAGCGAUACAUCAUGUUUGCGAGACAGUUUAAACCGAAGAUCAGCAAGGAUUCCGAGGAAUUCCUUGUUGACCAGUACCGGCACCUGCGGCAGCGCGACGGUGGCGGCACGGCGCGGUCGUCGUGGCGAAUCACGGUGCGGCAGCUGGAGAGCAUGAUACGGCUCGCGGAGGCGAUGGCGCGGAUGCACUGCCAGGACGAGGUGAGUCCCAAGCACGUGAAGGAGGCCUUCAGACUCCUGAACAAGUCCAUCAUCCGCGUUGAGCAGCCGGACAUUCACCUGGACGACGACGAACCGGAGAUGGACGCGGCCGGAGACGCCCCCGCCGGCCCCAACGAGCAUGGCGACGGUGGACCAGUGCCGAUGGAAGCAGACGCAGCGGACAGGAAUGACGAGCCGGGCGCGGAAGCAGCUGCUAAGAAAGGACUGAAGAUCACAUAUGACCAGUACAAGCAGAUCUCCAACCUACUGAUAUUGCACAUGAGACACGAAGAGGAGCUGGCAGAAGAUUCGGAGGAUAGUGAGGUCGUUGGCACAAGGCGGGCCGACCUCGUCAACUGGUACCUUAACGAGAUCUCAGGCGACAUAGACAGCGAAGCGGAACUUAUCGAAAAGAAGCUAUUGGUCGAUAAAGUUCUAGAGCGGCUGAUUCAUCAUGACCAAGUUGUCAUACAGCUUGCGACCCCCGGACUGAGGCCAAGAAGAGGUGAGGAGGGAGAUAGCCACGCGGAGGAGGACCCCAUUUUAGUUGUUCAUCCCAACUACGUCAUUGAGGACUAGCUCUCAGGAUCUAUGCAAGCGUGUGUGUUUUAGGGGUAGGGUCGUUCCUACCCCUAGAGGGUUACUGCUGCGUGUCAGGGCUGCAUGUAGAUUGUGUGUAUAUAUGCAUCCGUGUGUAUCAAAUCAGCUCCCAGGAUGUUGUAGUGUUGUCAGAACUGGCCUGUGUUCUUGUUGGAAUGGGUCCUGCUUCGUGUACCUUUAUACAUAAUUACAUGCAGCGGAUCUGAGAGCGAACUGGUUGGGUAGAGAAGAUGAGAUGACUCGUGCUUAUUACCAUGUUAUCAAUGAAAGCUAAAGUUUUCAAGUCCGUAUUAAUCGGCUUGUGACGUUUCCAUUUUGCUGGCGAUCACUGACUGUAUAUACAGGGAUCUAGGUGGGGGAUUGUAUGUGGUUUUCUAUAUCAAAACAGUAUUUUUGAUAUCAAGGUCACACGAAUAGUAUUUUUGAUACCGGUUUAGCAUUCAGCAAGUGUUGGGUACACGUUUCCUUUUGUUGUGAAUGUGAAAUAGGUAUUUCUUCUCAUUCCAUAACGUUCCAUAGGUGUGAGAAUGUAUAAAGAAUUCUUUACUCUUUACUAUUACAUGAAUUAAGACAGUCUUCCACACAUAGUAUAUUUUGUAUUUGCAAUGUCUAUAAUAAUAAAUAAAUAAUUUACUUGAUUCUUUUGCAUGAAAUGA